GACCCUAGACUGAGAAAGCCAACAUCUGUAUACUUGUAGUAUUCCGGUCGAAAAUCACCUAAAAUUCCUAAGAUGGCUGAUAGACAAGACAGCUUCUUCAAUCAAAUUGCAAGCAAUUACGGGACUAACACUGCACGAUACUUUAAAGACUACGCCAGAGACAACGUUAAACUCUGCAACAUGACGGUGAGAAAGGACUUCCUCCUCGAAUGCCGCAGGAAGGGAGUCUCUCCGGCACACAUCAUUAACACAAUGAAAUGUGUGUAUCCGUUACUCGAAGACGGCAGUCCAUACAUCCCCAAAUUAGACAGGAUUGUGGGCCGUUUCAAAAAGGCGUUGCUGAACAUCGAAAUCCAACAUACCUUUCACAAGAUUAAAACCUUGAAACAGAACAUGCUACUCGCAAAGCUCAACAUCGAAACAACUACGGAUGCGUCUGUGUCGACGGAGUUCAUAGCGACACAGCAAAGAGCUUUCACCAACAGGAAAACGCAGGUCGAACGCAGCACUAAUCGAAAGCUCGACCGGCUACUCAACAUCAACGAUUCCCUAUGCGAAGCAGUCCCCACACUGAACGAGAAAGCCAUUCUCAACGCUAGUGGUGUCGACAUUCCAAGAGAGAUGGAGACACUUCUCAGCAUGGGACCGAAAUUCGCUCUUCCGAUACAGAACAUCCAACCGAAUACCGUUUAUCACCUCAUUGCGGACGUUGAAUCCAUUCUCCGCACCUGCCCCGAUAAGAACACACAAGAUCGGAACAGAUGUCUCAUAGGUACCCGCAUUCAAAACUACCUCUCACGCACACACACUCCAAACGUGAACACCCCCCUACUACGGUUCUGUGAGAAUGCAACGCGGAUCACGAAAAGAUUUGUGACAGAACAUCCGGAGCUUUGUGUCCUGGAGUCCGACAAGGGGAAGAAAAUGGUGAUCAUGCGCCUAGCAGACUACGACACAAAAAUGCUGGAACUACUCAAUGCCUCGACGUACCAAACACUACGAAGUGACCCAACAUCAACGAUCCAAAAGAAGGUCAACAACAUGGCUAGGAGGUUAUCCAACCUCCAACUCAUCGACAAGCACACUCUGCACCAACUACAGACCCAAACAGCAACUUGUCCCCGCAUCUACGGGCAACCCAAAGCCCAUAAACCCAACCUUCCACUACGACCUGUCGUUCCAAACAUCACAGCUCCUACAUAUCAUAUGUCCAAGUUCAUAGCCAACAUCCUACAAUCCACUUUCACCAGCCAAUACAAUGUAAAAGACAGUUUCGCAUUCGUGGAAUACGUCAACUCCGUCACGAUUCCUCCUGACCACGUUCUAGUUUCGUUCGACGUUGUUUCGCUGUUCACCAAUAUUCCGAAGGAGAGAAUCAUCCGCAGCAUCAUAUUCCGAUGGGCAGACAUCAAACGAGGAACCAAGAUCAACUUAGACCUGUUUUUGGAAAUGGUUGAGAUGUGCUUGAACAGUAGCUAUUUCCGAUUCAGGGACAAAUACUACCAGCAGACUUUCGGAACUGCUAUGGGCAGCCCACUAUCACCGAUCCUGGCGGACUACGUAAUGGAAGACUUAUUGGACACAGUUACACAACAGUUGAGUUUCUCCAUCAGGGUUCUGAAAAAAUACGUAGACGACCUGUUCCUCGUACUACCCAAAACCGAAGUCCAAAGUACCCUUGCUGCGUUCAACAACUACGAUCAACAUCUCCAGUUCACCGUAGAGGACGAGAAGGAUGGAGCGCUACCCUUCCUGGAUACCCUAGUGAUGCACCACAACGAUGGAAGCGUGAGUACGCAGUGGUAUUCCAAGCCCAUCUCUUCGGGACGUCUGUUGAAUUACCAUUCCUUCCAUCCAACGAACAUGAAGCUCAACGUAGCUAAAAACCUCAUAAACCGAGCUACACAGCUAACCACCAAGUCGUCAAUGGAACAAGUCAAACACAAAAUUUUCCAAAUCCUACGACAGAACAACUACCCUUCGGCAUUAAUCAACAGACUAACAAGCCACAUCAGGAACAACCAAGCAGCGCUCACCACGGCAACUCCCUCCAAUCACAACAUACAGCAUAGCCACCCACCACAACAACCCUCACAAGCAGAUCCAGGAACAACAACAAUCCUCCCAAUAUCGCAGCACACUCUACAAGCACCAAACAGUCAGAUACCAAACGAAGUCGUCUACAAAUCCAUGCCAAACAUCCCAAUACUGAGCCGUACCAUAUCAGAGAUCCUAAAAAGAGAAUAUCCAUCUGUAAAAAUAGCCACGUACAACAUAAAAAGCACAUAAACACUUCUCAAGCCUGUAAAAGAUGCAGUUACACCUCUAGAACAGCAUAACGUCAUUUACAGUAUACCAUGUACCAAUUGUGAUAAAGUAUACAUAGGUAUGACGACCAAUCAUCUCAAAAAGAGAAUCAGUGGACACAGAUCCAAUGUAAACAAACACUCCAAUACCACAGAACACGAUACACAACCCAAAACAGCACUAAUACAACACAUGCUCGAUUGUCAACACACAUUCAAUCUAGACGGUACAAAAAUAGUUGACAGAUCGUACCGUUCCUCUGCCUUACCGAUGUUGGAAAUGUGUCACAUACACAACACUUCCAACACGGUAAACUUCCGAACAGACGUAGAUGGGCUAAAUAUCACGUAUGCUGGUAUUCUACACACAGUCAAGACAACCCAAUCACGUAGAAGACAAAUGAGCAACGAUAGACCAUAUACCACAGUAGAUACAGUAGACCUAACAGAUGUCGAACAAUAGCUCUAAAUCUAACCCUCCAUGUUUAAAAUAGCCGUUGAGUACCGUCAAGUAGUGUAGUGUUCACCUGUGCAGUCCAAAAAUUUGUAAAAACUAUACGUAUGAUAAUUGUAAGUCUAACCAAUUAAUGUCCCAAAUCCUUCAUGUAAUAUGUUUUGUCCACUCAGGCAGAAAACAAGAAGCCCACACCCCCUAUGGCGGCAUUAAACCAUAAGACAAAAAACGGUUGACUGAGUAGGUACUAGUAAUCGAUGUUCAAUGUUAAAGUAUACUAAAUGUGCAAUGUUUUUAGUUUUUCCCUUGAUAAAGGCCAAAUAAAGCCGGCC